AUGAGUAAUGAGUAUCUUGAAAAAGCUACCAGCAAACCGAGCGCGAGUCAUGCAAACUGUCGUAGGGUGGGGAUGACAACGUGCCUAACAGAACUGCCAGAUGUGGCGCCGUGCAAUGGUACUGUGCGGCUUCCACCUACAUGCGAGGAAUCUCCUAGUAGCGGAAGUAGCAAGGAACGCAGGGACGAAAGUCCUCGGCGGAAAUGUCGUGUACUUGCACCAAUCUUGCUACUGAUAGCAGCUUUGCUUCUCGGAGGAUUGUGUCUGCCCCUAUUACUCCAAUCUGCCCCUGUCACACACCAGCAGAGGCUAGAUGUGAUUAGGAGGAUUCUUACUGAAGUGCCUCUGAUCGACGGGCACAAUGAUUUGCCCUGGAAUGUCAGAAAGUUCGUACAUAAUCAACUGGGCGAAGUAAACCUAAGCAGCGACUUGGGAAGAGUUGAUCCUUGGGCCAGAUCGGACUGGAGUCACACUGAUAUACCAAGGCUACGUGCUGGAUUAGUAGGAGCACAAGUGAGUUCAAUUAUUUCAUAUAAAACUCUCAAUGAUCGACAACCGAAUACGACAGAUUUAAUAUCAUCAAAAAUCAAGGAAAUUAUUUCUCAGACGGAAAAGCCAAUCUUUGACAAUUCCAGAAAUGUCGAUCGUGAAAUCCGGAAGCUGUCACAGAAUUGA